AAACUCGAAAACUUGGAGACGGAGUUGAGGGCAGGCUCAGAGAAAGCAGAGGAUGCCUACCCUAGCCAAGCUCUAUUCUAUGGAAGAAGUCUCCGGGCACAAUACUAAAGACGAUUGCUGGAUCGUUAUUGAUGGCAAGGUAUAUGAUGUAACUUCAUAUUUGGACGAGCACCCUGGAGGUGAUGAUGUGGUCGUUGAAGCAACUGCAAAGGAUGCGACAGAUGAUUUCGAAGAUGUUGGGCACAGCGACAGUGCAAGAGAGCUUUUACAGAACUUUUGCAUCGGUGAGCUUGACAAAUCCACCCCCACUGUCCCAGAACUUGAAAUUUACUCCAAGAAGAAGCAAGCAUCAGAGAAUACUCAGAAUUUUAUGGCCUUGUCAAAGCCAUACUGGGCUGUUCCUGUGGUCAUUGUUGGAGUCUCUGUGGUGGUUGGUUUCCUAUGCUUGCAUAAAAAGUGAAGUAGUUUGUUGGCCCUUGUCAGCCAAUGGAUUGGAACUUUUAUUACAAUUCUUGAAUAAUUAGAAGUUAGACUAUUUGUAUUAUUUAAUUUUCAAACAAAGAGAGGAUUUGAUCAUUGAUAACCUUCAUUACAUGCAUAACAUGAUUCAAAUCAGGCCAAAUGUAUGGAUACUUGGAAAUUGGUGCCCCUAUUUUUUAUCAGAUUUUAUGUAAUGAUUUACUGGUGGACAUGGAGUUGGAUGGUUUUGAAAUUGGAGAUACUGUUAUUUGG